GUAUUUAAGCUCUAAAUGGGUCCAAGUAGAUUCCGCAAACGUCACAUUGCGCACAACUUCAGUACCAUGGAAGAACUAAAUAUCGCUACCCCUAUAUUAUACUCAACUCUCCCCCCUCUCUCCGCCGCCGCCGACCACCUAACUCCGCCGCCGUCCUCCUCCUCCUCCUCCGACGAUGAACCUUACAUCGUAUUCCGAAGCGAGAUUUCUCAAUCGCAAUCAACAAUCGAAUGUAAUUCGCCGGAAACCGCCGCGCCUGAUUACUUCUCACUCGACGGCGGCGGCGACGUUGAAGGUGAAGGUGACGGAGGUGAGAUAGUAUUGGCGCCGGUGAUUGAUGCGAAGCCGUUGAGGUUUAAGGAACCAGAGAGAGGACUUGAAGGGAAUUGGUUUAGGGCUAAUUGUAGGUUUAAGAGUCCUAUGAUUCAGCUUCAUAAAGCCAGAGGUCUUUGGAUCAUUCAAAACAGGGCUUUAUCUUCCCACUAGCGAUGUUGAUCUGGUGAUUUUAGGAUCAGAAAUUAGAAGUCCUCAAAUUGGGUUACAAGCUCUUUCCAGAGCUCUCUCACAGAAAGGAGUUGCAAAGAAGAUACAGGUGAUUUCAAAGGCUCGUGUGCCAAUAAUAAAAUUUGUGGAGAAGAAAAGUGGCAUUUCAUUUGACAUAAGCUUUGAUCUGGACAAUGGACCAAAAGCUGCUGAAUUUAUUAAGGAUGCUAUGUCUAGCUGGCCUCCUCUGCGACCAUUAUGCUUGAUUUUGAAAGUGUUCUUGCAACAGAGAGAGUUAAAUGAGGUUUAUACUGGUGGGAUUGGAUCCUAUGCACUGCUUGUAAUGCUAAUAGCAAUGUUGCAGAAUCAUCGAAAUGGCAAAGCUUCCGCAGAGCAGAAUUUGGGAGUUCUUUUGGUUAAUUUCUUUGAUAUUUAUGGACGCAAAUUAAAUACAUCAGAUGUUGGUGUAUCUUGUAAUGGAGUAGGUACAUUCUUCUUGAAGAGUAGCAAAGGGUUCUCAAUUAAAGGAAAACAAUCUUUGAUCUCCAUUGAGGAUCCACAGACACCAGAAAAUGACAUAGGAAAGAGCUCCUUCAAUUAUUUUCAGGUCAGAUCAGCUUUUGCAAUGGCUUUCACGACAUUGACAAAUCCAGAAGCCAUACGUGCCCUUGGUCCCAACAGAAGUAUUCUUGGCACAAUAAUUAGACCAGAUGAAAUACUAGUGGAAAGGAAAGGAGGAUCUAACGGGGAAGUGACUUUUAAUAGCUUGCUUCCAGGCGCUGGAGAGAGACUGCAACAGUAUAGUGACAACCAGCAGGAGAUCUAUUGUAACUGGCAAUUAAAUGAUGACGAUGAAGCAGCACUCCCCCGAGGAAAUGGGAUUGCAGAGGAUGGUGGUGCUAAAUCCUCGGGAAAAAAGAGGAAAAUGUCAAAGGAAAAACAGACUGCUAAGAAGGUGAAGGAAAACGGGCAAAGCAGUAAUGUCGGAGAUGAAGAAAAAUCCUCAGGAAAGAAGAGGAAAAUGUCAAAGGAAAAACAGCCUGCUAAUUGCAGAUAUGAAGAGUAUUCCUCGUUGAAAGAGAAGAGUUCGAAGAAGCAUUGGAAACAUAAUAGAUGGUGAUAACAACAUCAAUAUUUAUAACGGUAAGAAUUCACCUACUUCAGAUGGUCCGUAAUUAUACUGGCGUAUCAUUGGAGAUGCAGCAUUUAUACAGUGCAACACCAUUUGAGUUGCUGAGAUACCAGUUUCUCCGAUGAACUGAAUCAGCAGUAAUAUAUGGCGAAGUUCUUUAGCCAGUUGUAGCUACAGUAUUGACGCGUGAGCUUCCGUAUCAAGGAAUUUCACAUUGCGUAAGGAUUUUUGAUACGAAGAGAUAGUGUUGUAACAUUGCCAAGUUCGAUAAGAGUAAACUGCUGCUGUUGCUGUAAUUCAAAAGUAAAAGCUGUUGUAAGACUACUGUUUUUAGUGUGAAGAUAGGAACCAUAAUCCAAAAAUGUCAUUUGAUCAUUUUGUCUGGAUAGUAAAUGCAUUUCUAAAACCAAAUGUGUGUGCCAAAUGUUGUUGGGGAGAAAUUUUUGGAUCAAUUACAUAGUUGGAUCAUUCAUAA